AUGCACCGGGAGGACGCCGCGCGUGUUAGUGUUGUUGUUCUUGGUGACGGCCCGGACUGCCCGUUCGCCGAGAGGAGGCGUCGUCGCGAGAGUCCGACGGACUUCCACGGCCGAGGGGGGAGACGUAGCGACAACACUGCCUGGUUACAAAAGUUAAUCACUAGGAGGACGGGAGGAGGCGACAAGCCGCGUACGCGCCGAGGCAGGCUGCUCCUCCUCGUGCUGUACCUUCUGGCGUGGCCCUUGCUCUGCUCGGCUCACCUCGCCUCGACCUUCGCGCAGAACCCGACCCUCGGGCACGCGAAGAACCCCGCGCAGCGCAACGCCACGCCGUCCUACACCAACCUGUUCUCGUCGUCGACGGUCGUCGCCCACCAGCACCAGCAGCCGCAGCAGUACGUUCAGGGUGGCGAUUACAGUACCGAGGACAGCGAGCGUCGUCGCCAUCGGAAGCAACCGAAGCGGGAACGAACCGACCACUGGCACCCCUACGGCAAGUACAGCUGGGAGGUGAACCAGGUGAACCCCUGGCUGUCGGCCUGCGAUCUGGCGGGACCAGCGCCGGCCGAUCUUCAGGGUAGCUGCGGUCCACCGGAGGUGCCCAAGUACUGUCCGAUGCCGUGCGCCGCGACCUCGCGGGACCCUUUCCGCGAGGUGAUCGACGUGAGCACCGGCGUGACGACGACCACGACGACGACGACGAUGAUGAUAAGGACGAAAACGCGGCUCGAGAAGGCCGAUCGACGCGGAGCGUAUACCGAGGAGGCGGGCGUACGGACGGCCCCGGAACAGUGCCUUUUUUAUCUCGAGGAGUCGCACAAGAGGGACAUCUGUCGGGACGAUUUCGGCCGGGCCAGUACGCGAAGUUUUUUAACCCCAAGGGAGAAUCGAUAUUGGUUCAUGAGCGGGUUGCGUCUGCGGCAUUGCUGCGAGCACGCGGUGGUCAACGCCCUGGCGCCCGGCAAGGCCGGCCCGCUCGACGACGUGCUAAACGGCGGCCUCAAGUGCGCCGAUGCCCUGGACAAGCUGUUGCUCGUCGAUGCCCUGGCCGCGAGGCUGCAUUGCGAGUUCGAGGAGGUACUGGCGCGCUACGAUUGCGCCCAGCCGUACUCCGUCAUCCACAACUGCACCCAUUGCAAGGAGGCGUAUAGAAAAUGGGUGUGCAGCUCCCUGGUGCCUUACUUUGCUCACGGGGGACCGAUGGACGCGAAAAGCCCGGAGAGCAGCUGGACCGGCACCAGAUUAAGGCCCUGCCGAUCCUUCUGCCAGUCCGUGGAGCAACGUUGUCCCUACUUACUUCCGGGCGAUCGUGCCCCCGCGUACCCCACGCAAUACGCCGGCGAACCCACCUUUCUUUGCAGAGACCCGAACAUCCCCGAGACCGGCGGACAGGCCGCGAGGGCGUUGCACAGCAGCGAUGACGACGAGUGCUGCUUCCACGUGUGCUCCGAGGACGCGCCAGGAACGGGUAUCUGCGCCAACUGUACAGAGCCGUGGAAACACGGCAGGGCCCAGGACCCCCCGACGGCGCCCCAAUGCGAGAUCAAUCCCCCUCAGGCUGAUGUUACAGAUCAACAGUAUCCGGGCUCGCAGGCGGGCCAACCGGAAGUGACCACGGAUCGCGGACUGGUCGACGACGACACCGACGCCGCUUCCUCGUCCACCAGCAUCACCCCGACGUCAUCGACGACCGUGAGCCAGCAGGACGCGUCGUUCUGCGGCAGCGGUCGCAUCGGCUCGAUCCCGAGCGCAUCCUCUCUCGGGCGAUCGACCCCGCCGGUGGCCCUCCAACUCCUCUGGCUCUGCUCGAUGGUCCUGAUCUCCUUGUCCGGCAACGGAGCACUACACAACAACCUCGCGUUCUGGGGUCCUUCCGCUCUGCUCCGGCUGAUCGGCACCUCCUGCCUGCUCCUGAGAGCGUGCCCCGGCCUCGAGGGUAGUCUCCGCUUCGCUUUCCUCGGGCCGCGCGCGGCCAAGAUCGCCGUGGUGCGGAAUCUCCUCUUCGUCCUCGGGAUGUCGAGGCGGGCGGUGAUGAAAUGCCGCCGCCGUGGCUGGUGGUGGUGGAGGUCCUGGAGGAGGUCCAGCAGCCGUCACUUCCGCUGGAAAUCCCGACUGAAGGAGGAGGAACGCCGUCCUCGAGUCCUCCGUCGAAUUGGAGGUCGAACUCGGGGUCGCGCGCACCUCGAGGAGGCGGCGAGAGUCGCGAUACCUCGCGGGAUCGCGAGGAGUCGCCGGUGGGAAGGAUGGCGGAGGUCGCGACUCCCGACUCCCGACGUCGCGUUCUGCCGAUCCGUCCUGCGCGACGCGUCCGUCUCGAUCCUCGGCUCGUUCCCGCAGCUCGCGGCGGCGUGUUCGCGUCGGUUUCGCGACUGGUGGUACUGGUGGUUGUGGCGUUGGUGGCGAAAGAGAAGGAGAAAGAGGCGGAGAAGAAGAUGGGUUUACUGCGGACGGAUAGUCGGGACGGACGUCGCGUGUUCCGCCAAGUCGAUGUCAAAGAAGGACCCGCCAUAG